GCCUGCCAGCUCUCAGGCAUCAACUUCACAAUCAUGCCUGGCACCACAACAGGCAAGAAGCUGGAUCUGUCCAAGCUCACGGACGAGGAGGCCCAGCAUGUUUGGGAAGUCGUCCAGCGAGAUUUUGACCUGAGGAAGAAGGAGGAGGACAGACUGGGGGACCUAAAGACCAAGAUUGAAAAAGAAGACACCAAGAGAGAGUUGUUGGGGAAUCAAAGCAGCCUAACUGAGUCUCACUGUAUCCGAUGUCUCCAGCCCUUCAAGUUCCUCGUCAACAGCAAGCGUCAGUGUCUGGACUGCCAGCUCUACGUCUGCAAAUCCUGCAGUCUUUACAACAAGAAGGAGAAGGGCUGGGUGUGUGAUCCCUGUCGCAUGGCCAGGGUCUUCAAGAUCGGUACUUUGGAGUGGUAUCAUGAAAACGUUCGUUCUCGCUUCAAGCGGUUCGGCAGCGCCAAGGUGAUGCGAUCGCUCUUCAAGAGGGUGAGCGGGAAACACAGCUGCUCUCAGAGUGACAUCGAAGAGCCACAUGGAUAUGAUACACAGAGCAUACCUGAGGUCCACACAGAUGGCUAUCAGGAGCACAGUGUGGAUGCAACAGAUUCACAACACUACAAGGGGAUGAAAAAGGCCAAAAGGCGGCUAACUGUUGAUCCCAUUGAUUUCGAUCUGGGCUGUAACUACUUCAUCGAAUCAAGAGGACAGUCGAAUCAGGCCCCAGUCUCCCACGACAUCAUGGACAUGGAUGUAGGUGAGAGAGAGUCAAUGCUUGCUGAGGCUGACAUGGCCUCUGUUUUCCACCAGAUUUUGGAGGACCAACGCAAAAGUCUGGACCUGGGAAUGGCUCCACAGCAAGGUGACCUUGCACACCCAGACAACCAGACCAUUCCCUCACGCUCCAUCUCCCGCCUCAGCUACUCCUCCUGUGGCAGCGGUAGUGCUUGGGGCCCCCGGGACAGCAGCAGCUACCUGCCGGGCCCCGAGGACUCGGAGGAGGACGACCACAGCCAGCUCUUCCCUCUCUACCAGUCUCACCUGGACACCUGCAGCCACAUCUCCCAGGAGAGCCUGAACUCACCCAACCCUCCACUGCAGAUCACUGACCUCAACAGACGGAUGUCAGCCAUUGAGAGCCUCUUGAACCACUUAGAGCACAAGGUCACCUCAACAUAUGAUGAGAGCAGCCAGGCUCCUCCGACUCCAAGCAGCACCUCUCCUCUUCCUCAGUGUGAGGAGGUGGACUUAGAGGAGCAGCAGCUGAGACAGAGGCUGCACGAGAUGACGGACAACAUCAGCGACCACGGCCUGACCUCUGAUGAGGACGAGCCCAGCAGGCCACACUCCUCCCAGGAGAUCCCAGCCUGGAGGAGCCCAGAGGCAACCAGAAUACCCACCAGACCCACAUCAAGGAGCAGCAUUAUUCUCUGCAGGCUGGAGGAGCAGCCUCAGCUGACUGACUCUCAGAAGACAAACCACUCCACAGAGAGCCUGGAGAGGAAGGUGCACCCUCUAGAGGAGGCAUCCAAAGCAAGCUUCAAGGGCUCAACAGCCUUACUGGUGGAGCUGGAGGACCAGGUAGCUCAAGCUGCCGCCAACGUCCAGAGCGCCCAAAGUGAGGUCUCGUACAUAGAGAACAGGAUCGCUGCCCUGAACGCUGCUGGCAUGCCUGUGGAUAAAAGGAGAAAGUCUGCGAUCCCGAUCCAAGCAAGAAGACUUUCCCACAACUUUCCCACAAGCCAGGCUGACAGGUUUGUGAGGAACUCCCUCUACAGGGGCUCCCUGACACAGAGGAACCCAGUGGCCAAGCCCAAGACCAGGGCUCCCAGUGCGAAGCCGGUAAUGACGCAGGGCUCCUGAGGAGGAGGCUGAGCAUCAUCUGACCACAGUUAUAUAAUUAUUACAGCUUGUGAUCAACUGAACUUAAGCUGGAAUCAAAGAGGUUGACAGACUGACAUUGGGAGAACUUUCAUUUAUAUUUAAAUCUAUUUCCUGUAAUGUUGUUAUUUUAUUAGGAUGGAUCCAUACCAUGUUGAUAGUAUAUAUGCUGGAGUUACACAUGACCUGCACUAACUUUGCUCCACCUGCAUCUUGUCUCCUGACAUUAACAUGCAAGUUUGUGCAUUCACCUUAAUGUGCCGAAACAUUCACAUUUGCUGUUUUAUUCUGAAAUGUACUUAUUUAUUCCAUUAUUCUCAUGAUAAUGAAAGCAUUAACAUAUUAAAGUGACCUAAAUUAACCUUACCUUUACUUUAAACUCUGCAGUCCAAAUUAUGUGCAAUAAAUAUAAAUCAUAUAUUACAAUUUUAUACAAUUUUAUUUUAAAUACAUUUUUUAGGAUGUUUUGUUUGUAUCUGAAACACUUGCGAGGCUACUAUAGGUAAAAAUGAUUUUAAAAAUGUCAUGAUAUCAUAGAGAGUAGAGCAAGUUUGAUAUGGAUCAUUUAAGUUGUUGUGAUGUUUAUGAAUCAAAUAAAUGCAGACAUUGAUGCAAAUUCCUUGUGUGUGUUUUGCAAAAUCCAACAGACAUUUAUAAUGAAUGUUCUAAUCUUUCCCCCCCUAUAUAUUUAUACUGAUAGAUAUAAAUAAUAAUAAUAAUAAUAAUAAUAAUAAUAAUAAUAAUAAAUACAAUAAUUCUACAUAAACAGUGGUUUUAUAUUAACUUGUAUCUUAUUUAUUACUCAAAUUGCAUUUGGAAAUUAUCCUUAAAUUGGGACUUGGUUCUUUUUUUAAACUGGCAGUAUACAUGAUUUAUUUUAGUCAUUCUGAUAUUUUGCGAUAAUAAAAUGCAAACAACACAAAAUUGCUUCUCUCAUCAAGUCAGUAUUAAACACAUUAAUAAAUGUUCUUCUUGCAUUUCGUUGCAGUCAGUGAUAAAGGGAUUGCAUUAUUUCCUAUCUGAAGACUUUCAUGAAGUGUCACAAACUAAAAUAUACAUUGAAAUGAAAGAUCGAAGAAAAACACAAAUGCAGGUGUUGACAAUGAUAGAAACCCUUUGGCCUUUGCAGUCACUGAUUUUCCUUAAAUUAAUCAACUUUCUGUAGAUUUUUAAAAUGGUAUUCUGUUUACCGUAUGUUCAGUCAAAACUUCACUUUAACUAUAUGUUUAAGUGUAAUUAUGUAUUAACAUUGUU